AUGGCGGCAGUGGCAAUGAACGGAGCGAAACUCGGUACGGCUUCGCAGGCUUACUUGGAAAGCAGAGCAGUGAGCGACACCAAGGUUCUGAUAUCAGACCUGUGCCGCCAGUUCUACAAUCUUGGAUGGGUCUCAGGGACUGGUGGUAGCAUCACAAUCAAAGUUCACGAUGACUCUGUUCCUAAGCCCCAACAACUCGUAGUCAUGUCUCCCUCUGGCGUUCAGAAGGAGAGAAUGCUACCAGAGGACAUGUAUGUGUUAUCUCCAAAUGGGUCUAUCUUGUCAACUCCAUCUCCGAAGCCGUACCCACACAAACCUCCUAAGUGUUCUGAUUGUGGUCCACUUUUUAUGAAGGCAUAUGAGAUGCGUAAUGCUGGGGCUGUUAUUCAUAGUCAUGGGAUAGAAUCUUGUCUUGUAACAAUGAUCAAUCCAUUAGCAAAAGAAUUCCGAAUUACUCAUAUGGAGAUGAUCAAAGGAAUCCAAGGGCAUGGUUAUUAUGAUGAACUUGUGGUCCCAAUAAUAGAGAACACUGCCUAUGAAUAUGAGCUGACAGAGUCUCUUGCCAAAGCUAUUGAAGCCUACCCAAAAACAACAGCUGUGCUUGUUCGUAAUCAUGGCAUCUAUAUAUGGGGAGACUCAUGGAUCAGCGCUAAAACUCAGGCUGAAUGCUAUCACUAUCUCUUUGAUGCUGCUAUCAAACUUAACCAGUUGGGUUUGGACCCGUCUACUCCAAUCCAUGGUCCUAUACAAAAUGUCAAAGGAGUUUUAGGAAGUGGUAUUCACAGAAACAUAUCUGUGAAUGCUGGGACUCCAGCUUCAGAUAAUAAAUCUGACCCGUCACAACGUUGCAUUGUUCUUGACAUUGAGGGAACUACUACUCCCAUAUCGUUUGUGACUGAUGUUCUCUUUCCAUAUGCCCGCAAUAAUGUUGGGAGGCAUUUGUCUGCAACAUAUGACACCGCAGAAACUCAAGAUGACAUAAAGUUGUUGCGCUCCCAGGUUCAAGAUGACCUGGAAAAAGGUGUUGUUGGUUCUGUUCCCAUCCCCUUGGAUGUUGUAGGGAAAGAGGAGGUUAUUGGAGCUUUGGUUGCUAAUGUUGAAUCGAUGAUAAAAGCUGAUCGGAAGAUCACUGCCUUGAAACAGUUGCAAGGACAUAUCUGGAGAACUGGAUAUGAAAAGAAGGAAUUAGAGGGAGUAGUUUUUGAGGAUGUACCAGAAGCUCUUAAGAAAUGGCAUAAUUCUGGCAUAAAGGUGUACAUAUACUCUAGUGGUAGCAGGUUGGCACAGAGACUUAUAUUUGGCAACUCAAACUAUGGGGACCUAAGAGAAUAUUUGUCUGGAUUUUUCGACACCACAGUGGGGAACAAAAGGGAAAGUAGCAGUUAUGCUGAAAUUGUACAAUCAGUUGGAGUUGAUAAGCCAUCACAGGUUUUAUUUGUGACAGAUGUCUUUCAAGAAGCUGUUGCUGCAAAGGAAGCAGGAUUGGAAGUUAUUAUAUCUAUCCGACCAGGGAAUGGACCUCUUCCAGAAAAUCAUGGGUUCAAGACAAUCAAUUCUUUCGCGGAAAUCUGA